AUGCCUCUGCAGAGAUUCCACAACGACGCCACGCUGCACUUCGGAUGGCCGUCAAGCGAUCUCUUUCGAAUUGCCACCACCUUUUUCUGUCAAGAGAGGGACUUCACCGUUUUUAACAUGCACCUACUGCCCGACUUUCUGUCCGUCGGAAGGACAUCAGACCUACUAGCAAGCGAACGAAAGCUCAGUCGGUCACUCAGUUGGUCGUCACUCAGUUCAUCUAUUUCCUCACUUUGCAAUUCGCUUCAGCAGCGCCAUUCCAUCCUCGUCUCCUCCUCAGUAGUACGACAACUCUACAAGCCCGUCAUGACCUUCACGAUGGAAUGGGAAGCUCCACUGCCCGUCUGGAUCGAAUCCAUCAACAUUGACAUGGACGGGAUACCCGAAUCCGACUCAUUGGUCGCGCUUCUCAUGGACAUGGACGACACUUUACUACCCUCCACUCCUAAGGUGGAAAACUCAACGACGCACUCGAUUGAGCAGUACUCCCCGUCCGACCGCUUGCUAGACGUCGCAACGAUGGUCGAUACCAACCUGAAAGACAUUGAGGCGACUCCGAAGAGACCCAAAAAAGACCUGACUAUGUCGACUCUCAACCCUGUCAAGAACAAAACAACCACCAGAGCUACUCGUCAGGUGGAUCCUUUCGGUCGCGACCAGCGACGCAAGAACAAACAGCGGGGCUACGAGACAAACUACCGCAAGCGACAGAAAAGCAGACGCGACCACGAUCAAGUCGAAUGGGUUCAACUCGAGAUCCAGCUACGAGAAAUGCUGGCAAAGCGGACGUCGGUAAUCGUUGGAGGGUCAAGCGAGACCUCAAAUUUGGAAGUGACUGCAUCGAUCCGUCAGCGGUAUCUCGAGUUACUGCAGGAGGAACGAGCCCUGAGAGAGGUCAUGGCGCUCGACAACUGCUGGUGGGCCGAAACUCAAGCCCUGACGUUUUGGGGAGGAGCCAACAGCAAGACGCGAGAUAUUCGGGAGAAGAUCAACACGCUGCCGAGUCUACGGAGGUGCCACACAUUCGACUUUUCCUGGUAA